GUUUGGACCCCUCUCCCCACCAUCCGACACCAAACAACCGCCUUGUCGCUAACAUUUUUCCUUAUUUCUUCCCUGAUACGCUUAUUUAUACAUCUAUACUGCGUUCAUACAUAGAUUAUACAUUGAUACAUGUACCCUGAGUUCCUGUGCAUGUAAAAAUGUGUCUAUAGUACGAAAAAUAACAAGAUAAUUUUUCCAUAUUUUUCCUUCCUUUCCCCGCCCUCACCAAAACAUCGGUGCCCUUCUUUUUUUCAUUGUUUCUUCUCAUUCACGCCCAUAGGUGAAUUAUUCAUUUACACAUCUACUAUUCACAUCCCAGCCCGAUAAUCCUAGUCUGUAGUUAAAUAAGAUACUUUGUGUUAGUCAGCGUCACCUAUGCCUGCAUCUCCAUCCCCUCCCUCUCUGUCAUCCCAGACUGACAAUAUUAAUUUCUCCUCACCUACGCUUAUUUAUAUGCCAAUAUACUGUUCAUACAUAUUUCAUACAUACAUACAUGUCAUGUUUCUCUGUAUAUAUAGAUUUCUACCUGUAAUGAUAAAAGUAUAAAUGUAUGCCUUGGGUCUGGCAGGUAAAUGAAUCUUCAGUUUGUUUUCUUAAUUUCUUCAUGUCACUAUACCACAGCACUGUACCCUAUGGUGCUAGUGGUGCAGGAAGGCCUUGUCUACCUACACCAUAAACCACUGUACCAUGCAUCACUGUAACUUUAAACUGUAGCACAAAAACUUAACCUAACUGUGAUGUUCCUAGACCUCCUAAACGAUUUCCAAGAGUGGUGAAUCAACUUGCAAGACUCCCACUGUUGCAGUACCAUGUCAGUGUACAUUGUGGUGUUAAUGGUGCAGUACAAGGGCCUGGCAGUGUACCAUGUGCCAUAGUACCUCAAAAACACCUGUCCUCACCUUGUUGUAGGAGAGCUGACAACAUGUACCAGCCAGCAGCAACUCCCAUGCUAACAGGCUUCUCCCCCGCGGGUAUGUAGCACCUCUGGAGUCGCUCGAUGAAGAAGAGGAUGCUGGCGAGGCCUGUCGUGUUAGCCGGGAUGCGCCGGUACAGAGCUGUGUCCGUUGGGGUUGUGUAGGCAAGCAUCUUCUUGGCAAGGUCCUCGUAGGUGGCCGCAAACAGUUUACGGCUGUGGGAUGAGAACUUGUCUUGUGAAUGUGACGUUGGGAGGAGGGAAGCACAGGGGAAGAGGAGGACGAGGAGGAAGAGAGUUAAGAGUCACAAGAGGAGGAGGAAGGUGGAAAGAAAGAGGAAGGAGAGGAGGAGGAGGAGGAGGAGGAAGAUGGAGAAGGAAAGGAGAAAGAUAAGAAGGAAGGAAAUGCCGCAGAAGGAGAAGAUAGAAAUCAAAAACGUCACAAGACAGAAUAGUGAGCUGCAUGCACUUAUCACAGAGUAUAAAGUCACUCCCUCAGAGGAAAAAGACAAGGAUGGCAUGUCUUCAUGUGAGAACUCAGAAGCUAAAUGUACAGAUACCAAGGGGAAAUUGCUGGGUCAAGUGGCUACACUGACAUCUGAGGUUAGCAGGUUGGAGAGUGAGUGCAGCAGUCUUCAGGUUCAGCUAGACUGUGAGAGGGAUAAGUAUAACAAACUGCUGGGAGAAUCUCUUGCUCAUGAAAAGUUGUCUGAAGAUGUCAUAACUGAACCAAAAGGAGAAACAACAGGAUUGGGAGGAACUGAGCUUUAACAGAAGCUGCAACAACUGCAGGAGGCUCACAGGGUCCUGGAGAGCAGGUUAACUUGCAGCAUGAAGGAGGUGGCUGAGCUAAGUGACAGGAAGUAGCAGCUUAAGCAUGCUGUAGUGCAUGAGGAGACAGAGUCCAUCGGUGUAUGCAUGUUUUUUGCUCAUUUGAAUCAUCUGUAAAAGUGAAGUGGAGGAAGUGUUUACUGUUUACUGUAUGCCAUUUCCUUGGUCUUUUAAUGAAGAAUUUUAUCCUUCUUCAGGUGACUACAUCACCAUCUACCAGUUGCAGCGAGGAGUGAUGAAGCAACAAGCUCGAGAACGCGAGUUAGACCUUGCCAGCCUCCAUCAUGAAUGAGAGGAAAUGAAGCAAAACCACUCUGCAGGAUUUGAUAUCAAAGCUGGUGCAGGAAAAGGAAGCAGAUCAUGACCUUCAGCAGCUCGAGAAGAUAAGCAGGGUCCUUAAGAGUCCAGUUGCUAUCUUUAGCAGUGUUGGAACCAGUGAGUCUGAGACACCCACCAGCAGUGGAAAGCUGGCUGACGAGCGCCUCAAGCACUCUGAAAAGGUGGAGCAACAACAAGAAACAGAAAAUUGCAUCCAUCAUUCUUUGCCUGAGGAGGGAAUUGAUGCUCUGUUGACCCUUCACACUGAUGUCCCUCAUGAGGAGGCAGAAUAUGAAUCCUACAGAACUUGCCCAUAGAAAGACCAAAACUGUUACUGCUGCCACACUGCCACCACUUCCACUGACACCAAAAGCCCAACUGUGCAGAGAAUCCUGGACCUCCGCAAUGAAAUGGAGUCCACCAGUCACCUGGAGCACUUUAGCCUCCAAAA